UGAACUCCUUCCCCUGUGCCCAAGUGCGCCUGAGCUGGCAGGGCUGUCCCGUACUCUGUGUCUCCCUGUGAGGCCUUGUGAGCUCAGCCCCGGGGCCUCUGCUGGGCAUGAGUGCAGAGCGAGAGUCGGGGGUCCAGGCUCUGACUGGUCUCCCACAGGGCCCCGGCCCCCCAGCUCCAUGAUGAGUGUCACAUCCUGGUUCCUGGUGAGCAGCAGCGGCACCCGCCAUCGCCUCCCUCGGGAGCUCAUCUUCGUGGGCCGGGACGAGUGCGAACUCAUGCUGCAGUCCCGCAGCGUGGACAAGCAGCAUGCUGUCAUCAACUAUGACCACGAGCAGGACGAACACUGGGUGAAGGACCUGGGCAGCCUCAAUGGGACCUUUGUGAAUGAUGUGCGCAUCCCGGACCAGAAAUAUGUCACACUGAAGCUCAAUGAUGUCAUCCGCUUCGGCUAUGAUCCCAACUUGUACGUGCUGGAGCGGGUACAGCACCGAGUCCCUGAGGAGGCACUCAGGCACGAGAAAUACAGCAGUCAGCUCAAGGGCAGUGCCAGAGGCCUCACGGCCAAGCAGGACGAGGCGCAGCUGGAGAACCCGCCCUACUGCGAGGCGUCAAGUGCCAGGCCUGACCGGGACCGCAGUGACCGCAAGCCUGGAGCAGACACCUCCGCCUACCGCACGCCGCUGUACGGGCAGCCAUCCUGGUGGGGCGAAGAUGACGCCCCCUGCCAGGUCACCGAGCCACGCCAGGAAGAAGCCCGCACAGAGCACCCUAAGGAGCCGGGGCUACCCGAGCGCGAACUCCCUGCGGUCAUGCCCGGGUUCCGGGCCCAUACGGAAUCUCCGGGCUGCCCCAUCCGGCGGGAGCCUAGCUACUUUGAGAUCCCCACAAAGGAGUCGCCACCACCGCCACCACUGCCACCGCCGCCGCCGCUCGUCGAGUCACCUGCGAAGGACGCGCCCCCGGCUGGCCCUGCCACGGCCCCUGUAGUGCAGAGCCACGCAUCCUUCACCAUCGAGUUUGACGAGUGCAGCCCAGGCAAAGUGAAGAUCCGCGACCAUGUCACCAAGUUCUCGCUGCGCCCACGCCGUGCCCCGGGCCAGGACGCGGCACCCGCGGAUGUGCUUUCGGCCGAGACCAAAGUGGCUGACUGGCUGGUGCACAAUGACCCAAGUCUGUUGUGCCGUGCCACCACCGGGGACGGCAGCCACAGCACCAAGAGUGACCUGCCUGUGCAUACGCGCACACUCAGGGGUCACCAGCAUGAGGAUGGCACCCAGAGCGACUCGGAGGACCCCGCAGCCAAGGCGGCAUCAGAAGGCGCUGGCAGUGGAGGUGGCGGUGGAAGCGGCGGAGAGCAAGCACGGCUGCAGCGGCAGAUCAAGCGUCAUCCCCGGGAGCUGCUGCACAACCAACAGGCCUUUGUCAUCGAGUUCUUCGAUGACGAUACGCCCCGCAAAAAGCGCUCCCAGUCCUUCACACACGCUCCACCACCCGGCGACCCCAAAGCCGACAAGCGCCGCUGUCCCGGGAUGCCCGAGAGGGACCGUCCCAGUGCUCCGGCCCCAGCCCGGGCUGUGGGCAGUGGCGGGGGUGGCUCUGGGGUUCCACAGCGCGCCAGCUCACUCAAGCGGGAGAAAACGGAGGAGCGCCUGGGGGGCCCCUCACCAGGCCGAACCACCACCCCCCGGCCAUUCAGCAGUGUGGGCCGCCGCUCCCGCCUGACCCAGGAUUUCAUGGCCCAGUGUCUGCGGGAAAGCGACCCUGACAAGACACCCCCAGCCCCUGCUGCGCCCCCCAGCCCACCCCCCCCUGCCACCCCACAGCUGGCUAAGGCCCGCAAGCAGGAUGAGGAUGACAGCCUCAGCGAUGCAGGCACCUACACCAUUGAGACUGAUGCGCAGGACCAGGAGGUGGAAGAGGCUCGAAAGAUGAUCGACCAGGUCUUUGGGGUCCUCGAAGCCCCCGAAGUCUCCAGAGCAUCCUCAGCCACCUUCCGACCAGUCAUCAGGGGAGAUAAAGAUGAGUGCAUGGAUGGGGCGGCCCAGCGCCUGGCACUAUUGCAGGGCUUUGCCUCGCGCCAGGCAGGUGCAGCUGGCACGGGGGAAGCCCAGGGCCUCCCACUGCCCGGCUCCCCAGGCGGCCAGAAGUGGGUGUCACGCUGGGCCAGCCUAGCUGACAGCUACUCGGACCCAGUGGUCGAAGAUGGCCAGGGGCGCCGAGUGGGGGAUCCCGAGGCCCCACCUGCUCGCCAGCGGCGCCUGCUUCCGCAGCUACCCAGUGACAGGGCCGACAGCCCUGCGGGACCCGAGGCGGCGAGGAAGAGUGGCCCUGGCCCCCCGGAGUCGACCGGCCCAGUUGCAGCUCAGGAGGACCUGGAGCCCGACAGCCUGAGUGAUGCCAGUGGGUCGGAUGGGGGGCGGGGCCACGAGCGGAGCCGCAGUGCCCAAGAAGAGCCAGUGCCACGCCAGAGCGGGCAGGAAGGCCUAGUGUGGACCCGGGGCCGGCGCUCACCCAGAAGCCCAGGGGAGCCAGCGCCUACCUCUUUCUUUAUCGGGGACCAGGACGGGGAGGCUGCCGCCUCCAGGAAGCCUGGGACAGCUCCUGAAGAUGCAGAGGGCCCUGGAAGGGUGGCCCCAUCCACCGCUCCGCUGCGUGAUGGCGUGUACGUUAGCGCCAACGGGAGGCUAGUGGUGCAGCUGCGGCCGGGGCGCUCUCCCGAGCCCGAAGCACCUAGCUUCGCGCGCCAGCAGAGCUUUACCAAGGAGCCAAGCGGCGGACCUCCAGCACCCGGCCCACUCCCGCACAUCCCCAGCCACCCGCUGCUACAGGACCUCGCAGCCACACGGGCUGCACGUAUGGAGCUGCGCUGUCAGGACACGCAGCUCUUCCUGCAGGAGACCGAGACCGCGCUAGCUGCUCUGGAGGCUCAGCUGCUGGCCAAGGCGGCCCCUGAGGACUCGCUGUCUGGAGACUCGGAUGUGGACACAGGCAGCACUGUAAGUCUGCUCAGCGGUACACACGGCACCAGCCCAGCCGGGCCACCCAAGGACAAGAUGCCGUUGUCCCCCCCUGGUGCGCCUGGUGCGGGUAGUCGCAGCCCUGAGACUCGGCUUGGGGAGCCGCAACGUUCCACAGGCCCGCCAGAGCCCAGCUGUGGAGAUGCUUCCUGCCGCCAGGCAGGGCGCCGUGGCCCCACUCCCCAGGGGUCCCUCGACUGGCCAGAUGGGGAACGCAACUCUGGCUCGGACUUGCUUGCCUCAGAUCCUGAGACGGCAGCAGGGGGCCGGCCCACCCCACGCAGGAAGCCACAGGUGCCCCUGACAUCCCCUGCAGCACGGGAGGAGCGUGGCCGGGCCUCCAGCGCACAGAAGGUGCAGCAGGCACUGACCCGCUCCAACAGCCUGUCCACACCACGGCCCACACGGGCGUCCCGACUCAGGCGGGCCCGCCUGGGAGACGCCUCAGAUACAGAGGCGGCGGACAGCGAGCGAGUGUCCCCCGCACACCCGGAGCCCCUUGGCCGGCCAGCCCCUGAGCAGACCAAGAAGCUGUCGCGUCUGGACAUCUUGGCCAUGCCCCGAAAGCGGGCCGGUUCCUUCACAGGGCACAGUGACUCAGAGCCCGCGCCCCGCUCCGGCUUCUCAGGCCGCAGCAUGGAGUCAUACUGCGCCAGCCGCAAACCCAACAUGGCUGAUGCCCGGGCUGCUGCCAAGAAGACCGCCAGCAGUGCAGCCCCACGACAGCCCUUCAGUAGGGCACGUCCGGGCAGUGCGCGCUACUCCAAUACCCGGCGCCGCCAGCAGGGAUCCGACUGUGCAUCCACCUCAGAGGAGGAGUCUGGCUCCCACCAGGGUUCUCCCAAACACACGCGUCCUCGUGCCUCAACAGCCACGCAGACCCCGCGGGCUGGCGGCUCUGGACGCGGCCGACCCCGCGCUCCUGGCAUCCGGGACACUGACGAUGAAGAGGAGGGGACCGACCCCUACGGCUUCAUAGUUCAGACAGCCGAGAUCCAAGAGAUCGCCAGGCUGAGCCAGACCCUGGUGAAGGAUGUGGCCAUCUUGGCCCGGGAGAUCCAUGAUGUGGCGGGGGAUGGUGAUAUGCUGGGCACCCCCACCAACGCGCCCAGCACCCCCGCCUCCACCAUCUCUGCCCAUGAGGAGUUGGUACAGCGCAUACCCGAGGCCAGCCUCAACUUCCAGAAGGUACCACCUGGCUCCCUGAACUCUCAGGACUUGGACCAGAACAUGAACAGCAGCCGCCAGGACUCCAUGGGCCACAGAACGCGGCCAUGGAGCCGUGAGGAGGUCAUCUUCGACAAUCUGAUGCUGAACCCCGUUUCCCAGCUGUCGCAGGCCAUCCGUGAGAACACCGAGCACUUGGCCCAGAAGAUGAAGAUUCUCUUUCAGAACUCAGGUCAUGCCUGGGAGGACCUAGAAGCCCGGAUCAAUGCUGAGAAUGAGGUGCCGAUCCUAAAGACGUCCAAUAAGGAGAUCAGCUCCAUCCUGAAGGAACUGCGGAGGGUGCAGAAACAGCUAGAAGUUAUCAAUGCCAUUGUGGACCCUAGCGGAAACCUAGACCUUCUGACCGGAAGCCGGGGCUGUGGGGGCGUUGGCCCCCUGGGGAAGAGCCGGCCAGUGGCCCCCAGCCCAUCCUCACCACCCUCAGCUCUGCCCCUGCACAGCUUCUCCCCACGGGCCACCUGUGGCUCCCCUGGCCUCCCAGACCCGGCCUUCCUCCCUGACUUCCUGCCUGACUCCGAGAGGUUCCUGAUCUAGGGGUCACUGGCCUCCCACAUCGAAGCCCCCCACAUGUGCCAUACCUUUGUGGGCGGUGCCUAGCACCCCGCCCUGCCACACUCCACACCUCCUAAUUUUUCAUCCUGUGGCACCCCUGCCCUGCCCGCUGGUCUUCAGGCCCAGUUCCCACUGCGACCACUGCAAAGGGCCCCACGCAGGCAGGCAUGCCCAACAUCGCUGUUCUUUUGUCUUUAGCUUUAAGGGAAAGCGUCCAUCUGUCCGUCCUCUGUGCUGCAGAGCCUGUGCUCCUCAGUCUGGGCCUGUGUGGGCCGGCAGUGGCUCCUUCUGUGCCAAAGUGCAGGUGGGCACCGGGUAGGCAGGGCACCUCUGGGCUCCUGACUGCCAGCUCCGUUGCCCAGCUCCAGGCCUGCUCUGAAAAGUCGCCCCUGGGAAUCUCCCAGUUUUGCGACUCUCGUGCCAACACACAACUGCCAAAUGCAGGGAGAGCCUAGUGGUGGGCGGCCUGCAGAUGCCCAGCAGCCCUGUGUGGGGGGGCCAUCCUGCCAAGGGGAGAACCGAAUUCCAGAAGCUCUAAGGGAACAUACCAGUCUCACCGCUCCCAGGGCAGCUCUGACUGGGGUCCCAGGGUCAGGGAAAUAUGGAGUGGCAAGUAUGGUGGGCAGUUCUGGUUUCUUGGGAUUUUUUUAUGGGACCCUGCAGUGAGCAGAGCUUUAUCCCUCCUGGGGGACUGAGGGAUCUGGAGCCCAGAUGCCAAAGAGCCAGGUGGGCCAGGCAGGUGCCCAAGAAUUGUGUUUACGUGUCGUUGGGGUGAGCGCAGAGCCAGCACCCAUGUUUACGUGUGAGAGUGCGGGGGGGG